AAUCUCAAAUAUAAAUAACAUCAAAUCAUCUCAUACCCCACUUUCCCUCUCUUUCCUUUCUCAGAUAAAUUUCUCUCUCCCAGGGUUUCAGCGAUGUUCUCAAGCAGCCAAUUCGACUCCACCUCCGCCUUCUCCGGCGGCGGCUUCAUGGCUUCUCAGUCUACUCAGUUCGGUGAUUCAACUCCAUCUCCGGCCAAGAGUCGCGAGACUCACGGGUUGGUUCCUGUGACAGUGAAGCAGAUAAGCGAAGCCCAUCAAUCUGGUGAUGAAAAAUCAAAUUUUGUGAUCAGCGGGGCAGAUGUUGCUAAUGUAUCGGUGGUUGGCAUGGUAUUUGAUAAAUCUGAAAGGAACACUGAUGUUGGUUUCACUAUUGACGAUGGAACAGGGCGAAUCAAAUGCCGAAGAUGGGUGAAUGAGAACUUUGACUCAAGAGAAAUGCAGGAAAUAGAAGAUGGAAUGUAUGUUCGUGUUAAUGGACACUUGAAAGUCUUUCAAGGUGUUCGACAAAUAGUUGCCUUCUCCGUGAGGCCUGUGAAAAACUUUGAUGAAGUUACCUUUCACUUCAUUGAAUGCAUACAUACCCACUUACAGACAUCAAAGUUACAGCUGCAAGGAAAUUCUGCAACUCAACCUCAGUCUGUGGACUCAUCUCUUAGCACUCCUGUGCGGAGUGGGUUAAGUGGAUACCAGACAGCCCCAUCAAACCAAUUCUCCGGGCAAGUUAGUGUUGAUGGGAUAAAGGGCUGUGAUCAGUUGGUCCUUGACUAUCUGCAGCAGCCUUCAAGCAUUGGAAAAGAAAAGGGGAUACACAGAGAUGAACUUUCCCAGCACCUGAAAGUCCCUGUGGAAAAGAUAUUGGAAGCAAUCAGGUCUCUUGAAGAGGAAGGCUUAAUAUAUUCCACGAUUGAUGAGUUUCACUACAAGUCAGCAGCAUAUGGCUAAGUAUUUGUCACGAAUUUUGACUUUGUGCUGCUAUGGUUGGAAACGAAAGUAACUUAAAUGAAUGCUGUUAUGUAUAUUUCUCUUUUAAUAUCUUUUUAUGUCCAUUUGGAUGGGUUUAGUACCAAAGUUCAAACAAUUACAUUUGCUGUUUUGGUUGAUACCAAAAAUAUUCUGGAUUGAACAUUCAGUAUUAAAUACUACAAUAGUCACAGUAGUUAAAUGUCAUUUAA